GAAAAAGAAUCGAAAUAACCAUGCAUGCUCAGAACGUUCUUAUCGUGACACACAGUCCCAUUCCGUUUCAGUUUCGCAGCAAUCUUGGGCGCUAUUGCAUUCUUUUCCGUGCAAGGAAGGUCAAUGGAUCAGCAAGAUUGGAAAACAGAAAAAAAUGGAAACCUUCUUCGAUCUUUGGAUGAAACAAAAAUAAUGCCAGUCGUGGAACAGGAUAUUGCACACGUGCAUCACGAAAAAACUGACAAGAAGGAAGCAAAGCGUCCCUUAAACGCAGAAGAAUAUACGUUCGAGCAUCAAGAUCCAGUGACAAAAAAGGAAGCAAAGAGAACUAUAUAUCCAGGUACCAAAUGGUGUGGGGAAGGUAACAAUGCUCAAGAUUAUAAUGACUUAGGACUUCUUCGGGUUGUUGACAAAUGUUGUCGAGCACAUGAUCAUUGUCCGAGGUCUCUUUUGUCCGGAGCCGCCAGGUAUGGUGUAGUCAACAAUGGGAUGUAUACUGUUAGCGACUGCCAGUGUGACUUUGCAUUUAAAAAGUGUCUACGUGAGGUAUCUUUCUUUAAUGGAGGAACAUCUGCUGCUGCCAUCAGCCACACGUACUUCAAUAUCUUGAAUAUGAAAUGUCUUAAGUUUGAUCAAAACAACCAGGCUGAUAUUGUAUCACAAGCGUAAGCUAAGUGUUUGCACUAUAUAUUAUACUUCUAGGUAAAUUAUUGGUAAAUAAUCUAUAUAAAAAUAUGUAUGUGUACGUGCUUUGAUUAUGAAAGAAAGCCAGUCAGCCUUUAUUUUCUUCCUAAUGUCUGUUUGUUUUUCCCUCAUUCAGACCGUGGGCAUGGUUUUUUAAUCUACUAGUCCCUUAGUGCUAAAUAAUAUAAACCAAUCACGGUACACUAAAUUAUAAUUUUAUAUCCAGUCAAUAUCAGAAUUAUAUUAAAAAUGAGUUCGCCCUACUUUAGAGUGUCAAAUAUUGUAAACCAAUCCCAGCAUACUAAAUUAUAAUUUUAUAAACACUUAAUAAUAAGAAUUACAUUAAAAAUGAGUUCGCCCUACUUUAGAAUGCCACAUAAUAUAAACUAUAGACUAGUUAAACAACCAACCGGCUUUUUAGGACGAUUUCUUCAAAUCUAUGUUCAAAAUUAAAAACCUAAAAUUUGUUUGUUGAAGAUUUAUACAUGGUUAAAAUUCGUGAAGAAGUAUUCAUCUUAACAUGUAAAACACACAGAAAAUAAACAAUGCUAUAGAUACAAAGUACUUAGAAGUAGACCUACAAACCUCACGUCAUUAAUUCCAAUCCAAAAUGGCUUCCGUAAGCUUAGCCCAAUCGUAGCGUGUUUCCUCUUUCGCCAGGUUGAG